AUGGGAUUCGGAGUCCUUGAGCACACUGGAAGUCUCGAGCAUGUGCCAGGCACGGCGCUUCUGCAGGACGCCAUUCCAUCGGAAACUGCUCAUUUGAAGAAGGGGAAAGGCGACGACGCUGAUGUGGUCCUGAUCCCUCAGCCAUCUAGCAGCCCGAACGAUCCGCUCAAUUGGCCACUAUGGCAGCGAGACCUAAUUCUGGUGUUGUUCUGCUACCUUACCAAUAUCUGUGUCGGCGCUGUUGGUCCACUCAUUGGUGUUCUUGCCCUCGACAUGAUCCAGGCAUUUCAAAUUAAUUAUCAACAAGUCACAUUGCUUUCUGGAUAUCAACUUGCUCUGGUUGGUGCCAUUGCGCCAUUCAUCGCUGCACUCAGCCACAAAUACGGCAAGCGUCCAUGGUUCCUGGUAUCGAUAGUAUUCUUGUUUGCGGGGACCAUUUGGUGCGCCGCAGCAACGUCUUACAACUCCAUGAUCGGAGGGAGGCUGAUUCAAGGUGUUGGCACGGCCAUCUUCGAAAGUGUUACUUUCACGCUCAUCGGUGACCUGUACUGCGUCCACCAGCGAGGCUCGCGCAUGGCAGUUUACGUUGUCGCUCAAGUUGCGCUUGUGCUUCUCCCUUCCCUUCUCACCGGGGUCGUUUCCGUUCACCUUGGCUGGCGAUGGUGCUUCUGGAUGUUAGCAAUAUUCCUGGGCCUGGGCGGCGUUCUCGUCGGUGUUUUCGGUUGGGAGACUGCCUACAACCGGAACCAACUCUAUGAUGUUGAUGUGGCCUCCCACGAUAACCUUCACGUCAUCGAAGAGCUCAGGAGUGGUAAGACCGCUACCGAGGGCCUCGACUCACUACACCUAGAAAGAACGAUCACGUCUGGCACCGGCAGCAGCGCUGUACGAGACUCCUUCCUGAAACGAAUGAAACCAUGGUCAACCACAUAUAGCAACGAGUCGCUGCUCCAGUUGAUUUUCCGUCCAUUCUACAUAUUGCUCAAUCCGGUCAUCCUGUGGGCGGUCCUGCUUAUCUCCUUCUUCCAGCUUUGGAAUGUUGUCAUCAAUUUUAUGCUGGCGCAAUUGUUUGGGCCACCGCCUUACUUACUCGACACGGCGCAACUCGGCUAUCUGGCAGGUGGCCCCAUGGUUUUUGGAUUCAUCACUUGUGUGGCCUUUGGGGCACUAUCUGACCGUAUCGCGAAAUGGGCUAGCAUGCGAAAUGGUGGAGUUUACGAGCCCGAAUUCCGCCUAUUCACAAUGUUGCUAGCACCAAUCUUAAGCACAGUUGGGUAUUUCUGUUUUGGCCCCUUCGCAGCAGAGGGCAAGAGUCCCGUCAUCAUGUCAGUUCUCUGGGGUGUUGGCUUUGCCAGCUGCGUGGUGGUUACAGCGUCUCUUGGGAAUUACCUGGUGGAUGCUUAUCGCAAUGUCAGCAUUGAGGUGUUCGUCGUCUCGAUGUCUAUCAAGAACUUCAUGUUCUUCGGAUUCUCUUUCUUCCUCAACGAGUGGCUUGGAAAAUGGGGACCGAGGAAGGUUUUCAACACCAUUGGGGGCAUCUCUCUGGCUUUAUGCGCCACAACAAUUAUUGUCUUCAUUAAGACGACCAAGAAAGCAGGUAUGGGUGUCGAGUACCCGAAGCAUGUGGCUGCAGAUUCACCAUUUCCCGUGGAAAACAUCCCCUUUGGUAUCUUCUCGACGGACUCAGAUCCGAUCCCCCGGGUUGGAACUAUCGUCGGAGAUCACAUUAUCGACGUCAAACUACUCGCGUCGCGCGACGUGUUUGAUGGUUCUGCAGUCCAAGAUUCAUCUACGCUCAAGUCAGCCUUAUCAGAACAAGCGCUGAAUCGCUUUGCGUCGCUGCCUCAACAUGUGCGUUCGUUUACUCGUCAACGCCUCAUCGAUCUGUUGGAGGAUGGUUCCUCCGUCCUGUUCAACGACAAGGAAGUGAAUCGCGACGUCUUCAUCAAUGCCCAGCAAGCCAAAAUGCAUCUUCCUCUGCAGAUUGGGGGGUUUGCGGAUUUUUUAUGCUCCGAAACCCAUCAUGACAAUGGUAAUCGUAUGUCUGGAAAAUCGGUGCCCGCCUUUUACCACUUUCCCCCAAUGUAUACCGGCCGUACAACGUCUAUCAUCCCCAGCGGACAGUCAAUCAAGCGACCAAAAGGAAUGAUUCCACGGAGCCCAGGGUCACAGGAAGGCCCCGAGUAUCAAUUUGGCACUUCGACAAAAUUUGACUUCGAAGUGGAGAUGGGUGUCUUCGUUUCCAAGCCGAUCCCUUUCGGCCAACGGAUCACGGCGGAUCAGGCGAAAGAGCACAUUUUUGGUCUUGUCCUCUUGAAUGACUGGUCAGCGAGAGACAUACAAUUCGGCGAGAUGAUACCGAUGGGACCCAGCAAUGGAAAAGCAUCGGCUACAACGAUAAGUCCGUGGGUUGUCAUGCCUGAAGCUCUGGAAGCAGCGCAGAUUGGAUUUGUAUCAGAGAAAGCACAAGCUGACAUAUCGUCGCAUCCUCUUCACCUGCAACAUUCCAGUGGAGACACAAAGGUGUCAUGGGACAUCGUCCUAGAAGCUACAAUCCUGAGGUCUGACCAGCCACCAACUCUGGUCUGUCGCUCCAACUUGAAGGAUUUGUACUGGUCGCCUUAUCAAAUGUUGGCGCACUAUGUGUCGCCAGGGAGCGGGUGUAGCACGGGAGAACUACUGGGUACAGGUACUGCUUCCUCGCCAGGGCACACAGACGAGACACCAACAUUGGGCUGCCUCUUCGAACUGACCCAAGGUGGUAAGAAGCCCUUCAAACUACGUAGUGGUCGGGAAUUGAGAUGGCUUGAAGAUGGCGAUGAGAUUGUUCUGACGGGCUGGGCCAGGGGCAAAGGUGGGAAGAAGAUUGGUUUUGGGGAGGCUGCCGGACGACUGCUGCCAUCCGAUUAG